AUGAAACAGGAGGUCAAUACGACCGACGAUGCAGGAGCAAACCCCUUGAUGUGGGCCUCACGGAACGGACACGACAAAAUCGUGCAGAUACUGCUAGAAAGAGGAGCCGAUAUCAACACCCAGGGUGGAGACUACGGAAAUGCGCUCUAUGCAGCUUCUUCUAGAGGACACGAUAAGAUCGUGCAGAUACUGCUAGAAAGAGGAGCCGAUGUCAACGCCCAGGGUGGGGCCAAAUCGACUUAG